CAAAGUAAAAUCCGUACAUUAGAUUCAACGUCGACAAAUCGAACAAGUUGGACAUUCGAGGGAAUGGCACUUGACUUCGCCGCGGGCUGCGUGGGAGGCGCUGCCGGUGUUUUGGUUGGACAUCCGUUCGACACAGUGAAGGUGCGGCUUCAGGUUCAAAAUGCAGACAAGCCUCUCUACCGCGGCACAUAUCACUGCUUCCAGUCCAUCGUGCGCCAGGAGUCGACGUUGGGUCUGUACAAAGGCCUGGGCUCUCCCAUGAUGGGCCUGACCUUCAUCAACGCCAUCGUGUUCGGCGUGCAGGGCAACGCCAUGCGCAAGUUGGGCCACGACACGCCGCUCAACCAGUUCCUGGCGGGCGCCUCGGCGGGCGCCAUCCAAUGCGUCAUCUGCUGCCCCAUGGAGCUGGCCAAAACUCGCAUGCAGAUGCAAGGCACUGGGGAGAAGAAAUCCAAAAGGAAGGUGUACAAGAACUCUCUGGACUGCCUGCUGAGGAUCUACAACAAGGAAGGCAUUCGGGGCAUCAACCGCGGCAUGGUGACCACGCUCAUCCGCGAGACCCCCGGCUUCGGCGUCUACUUCCUGGCGUACGACGUGCUGACACGCCGCCUGAGCUGCGAGCCGGAGGACCCCUACCUGAUCCCCAAGCUGCUGUUCGCCGGCGGCAUGUCCGGCAUCGCCUCCUGGAUCUCCACCUACCCCGUGGACGUCAUUAAGUCCCGACUGCAGGCGGACGGCCUGGGCGGCGUGCACCGCUACGACGGCAUCAUCGACUGCGUGCGGCAGAGCGUUCGCAAGGAGGGCUGGAGGGUGUUCACGCGCGGUCUCACCUCCACGCUGCUCCGGGCCUUCCCGGUCAACGCCACCACCUUUGCCACCGUGACUCUCUUCCUGCUUUACAUGCGGAAGGACGACGAGUGCGUCCUGACGGGUCCCGAGCCGCACGCGGCGCCCAUGCCGCCGUUGCAGCCGCAGACCCAGGCCAGCAGCAUCUGAGCUCAGCCGCGCUAAGCAGAAAAGUGAUUGUAGCUGCAUAUCAGACAGGCAUUAUAUUUAAGAAUGAUCCAUUAGUCAGAUAAAACUGCACUUGUACAUAUAUACAGUAGUCAGUUUUUGUAUACUUCCUUUUCUAUGGUCAUUAAAGGAGAGCUAAUACGGUUACAGAAGUUACAGCAGUACACCGUAAAUAGGUUGAAAUGCUGCUUUGUCCUACCUUUGCUGGUAAAUCUUCAACUAGCUGUCUACACUACACUUUGGUUCAUUUUUCAUAAUGGUUACCAGAGGUGGAUCACUCGAGGCAAACCUAAGUUGAAGCGUGGAGACUCCCACCUCCGACAAUCAUGGAAAUCUGUCACACUUGCUGUACAUACAUGUAAAUAUUACAUUUGUCUCUUGAGCGCUCAGCGGUGUCAUUUUCGGUGUCUUUCUCGUUUUACUCCAUUCCUCAACUUGAACCUCCCAAGACAACACAAUCUGCUCAUAGUUAAAUUCUCAGAAAUAAGUGACUCGGUUUCAGACUGAAACAGAAAACAGGAAGAUGUUAGUGAUGAAGUCACAUCAACAAUAAAAAAAAAAAAAAAAAGCUGACCGUCCGAUAACA